AGGACGGUCACGAGAGGUCGUUACCGCGCGGCAGACGCCUGCUUAUCAGACAGAGUUGUUGACGGUUGAUGAAGUUAAAGUCCAGUGUCAUUCCGGGCGUAGUACAGGAGGCUCGCUGUGCGUUCACCCAGUGUAAUAGACGUGCUCGUAUGUAAACUUUUAGUGGGUUGCUCAUAUUUGGACUGGUUUUAGGCGUCAGAGUGAAGACAAGAGCGCCGUCGUAUUUGGCGAAGCAGGUAGAGGAUGGGAAACGGGGAGCUCGCGGAGAAGCGGAUCUCUCCGCUUAAAAACUUUGCGGCUGGAGGAGUCGGUGGCGCAUGCCUUCUGUUCGCGGGACACCCUCUCGACACCAUCAAGGUGAGGUUACAGACACAGCCUAAAGUCCACUCUGGUAAUGGGGCUCUCUAUACAGGAGCAUACGAUUGCUUCCGCAAGACAGUUUCCAAAGAGGGCGUGUUGGGGCUGUAUAAGGGGAUGGGAGCACCCUUGGCUGGGGUGGCUCCUAUGAUGGCCAUCAGCUUCUUUGGCUUCGGUCUGGGGAAGCAGCUCCAGCAGUCGGAUCCCAGAAAGCCCCUAACGUAUGCUCAGGUCUAUCUGGCUGGGUGUCUGGCUGGAGUGUUCACCACCGUCAUCGUGGCUCCAGGAGAAAGAGUCAAGUGCUUAUUGCAGGUGCAGGCCAGUGGGGGUCAGCUGAGGUAUGCGGGUCCUCUGGACUGUGCUGUCAGCCUCUACAGGCAGCAGGGCAUCCGCAGUGUGUACAAGGGCACCGUCCUCACGCUCCUCAGAGAUGUUCCCUCCAACGGCCUGUACUUCCUCACCUAUGAGUACCUGAAGAACUUACUGACAGCCGAGGGUGAAAGCGUUUCUCAGCUAAGCACUCCCAGGAUCCUCCUGGCAGGUGGAGUAGCCGGUAUCCUCAACUGGGUCAUCGCUCUCCCCCCCGACGUUCUCAAGUCCAACUUCCAGACAGCUGCAGAUGGCAGGUAUCGGGGCCUGGUGGAUGUGCUGAGGGAGCUGUUGAAGGAGGAGGGGCCCAGAGCGCUCUACAAGGGCUUCAAUGCAGUGUUCCUAAGAGCCUUCCCUGCCAACGCUGCCUGUUUCCUGGGGUUUGAGUUUGCUCUGAAGGGUUUGAACUGGCUGGCUCCCAGCUGGUGAACACUUCUAAGUCUGUCUGUGUGUGUAAAUGUGUGUGUUUGUACGUGUGUGUGAGUGUGUACGUACAGUGCCCUCCAAAAGU